UUGUAAUUUGAGUCUCGCUCCCAACAAACAUCACUAAAUAGUCUGAUGUUUGUUUGUUUGUCACUUUACCAAUCUCUCUUACAGAUCUUCCUCUUCAUCCUUCUCUCGAUUCCACUAUCUUCUUCUUCCUCAACCUUGCUAUCAUUAAUCUACCCUCCCUUCUGAUUUCAAUCCCAGACACAUUUUCCAUUGAUAAUGGCGGACCAAACCUCCGAUUCAACAUCUUCCCCGGCUCUUGUCUCCGUAUCUUCUCCUCCUGCUCCUAAGAAAGAAAUUUCCAGUCCUGUUGAUUCCAAGCUCACGGAAUUGAGCGAAUCAAGGGCCGAGUUGCUUAACAGGAUCCAGAAUCUGAAACAGGACUUGCAAAGUUGGAGAGGAAAGCUGGACACACAAGUUAAAGUUUACCGUGAGGAGCUCUCUGGGCUAAAGAAGACACUGAAUCUUGAAGUUGAGCAGCUCCGUGAGGAAUUCAAAGAUCUGAAAACCACCUUAAGUCAGCAACAAGAUGAUGUUUCAGCUAGCCUUAAAAGCUUAGGCCUACAAGAUAACUCCAAGGAUUCAAAAGAGCAGAUGGAUAAGGGAGGCGAUGCGACAGAAGAGAAAGUGGAAGCUCGGUCGAGUGAUGACAAUGUGAAAGAAGCAGAGCAUUAGAAUUUAGAUGAUGAAAUUGAUUGUUCUUAUGAUCUUGUGACUCCUACGUUUAGGUUGUACCAGUACUCUUGGUCUGUAGUACCGCGGUUUAGUUCAUUCUAAUGAUGCACCAACUCGUGUAAUGAUCUCAAAACCAAGCUUCUUGACAAUCAUAUGGGAGAGAUUGUGGUAUUAUGAGAUUCAACAGUUUCUAUUAACCAAUAAACCAAACCGGUUCGGUCUAGGAUAUAAACCGGGUAA